UCCCCCUGUUUUACUGUGCUCUCUCCCGUGCAAUUUCACCGCAGUCCCCCUUUCAAUUCUCCUUCCUCUCCAAUUUGUGCUUGAAAUUGAGUGAAGGGUUCUCAUUAAUCUGUCUACGUGGUUGGUUUGUGGUUGUUGGGGUUGAUUGAAUGUCGCUGGAUAAUUUUGGUGCGUAGAAGAGAAAGUGAAUGGAAAUUUAUGUCUUGUGCCACUAUUUUUGAGAUUUUAAUUGGUUGGAGUGGAUUGAAGCUCAUCGUGAAUGCUAUGGUGGUGGGGUUUGUGCGACAACAUGCAGUGAAGAUAUAGCGGAGGAGGCACAUGCUCAAAGGGGUUUUGUUCGACCUAGAUAGUGCGGGAGUGUAUUAGAAAAUAUGGGAAGCGUAAAUAGAAACUGCUCUUCCCUUUCUGAUUCCAAAUCCGUGGUUUCACUUUUCUUUUCUUCUCAGUAACAAUAACAAUGUUGUUCAUUCCCGUCGUCGUCGAGAUUUGAAGCAUAUAUCAUUGAUCCAUUCCUCGUCGAGCAUCGAUUCGCAGUCGUCCAAUUCGCUGCAGUUCGUGGUGUUGAGGUGCUAAUUGCAAAUGGCUACAUCUGUUAAUGACAGUAAGCGUGGGCACUGGAAGCGAAAAGAGUUGUGGUUUCUUGUAAUUUAUGCAAUCCUUUUCUAUGUUAUCAUCAUCAACCGUUCACUUCAACUCUCUCGUGAUUAUUACAAACACCUACGCGGUUUGCGCCCGGGUUGGCUCAUAGCUCAUUACCUCAAUGAUGUUUCAGAUGCUCAGUGGAGGAAUUUUCGAGGAAAUAUACCUGUUCUUACUCUUGUCUUUGCAAUUUUCACUCUGCUGGCCAAUUUCACGAGGGCCUUCUUUAAUUUAAGAGUGAAGGGAAUGUCCAUUGUCUGGCUUUUAUUUUCUUCUGCCUACUUAUCAUAUCUUCAUGGAGCAUGCAUUGUAUUUAUCCUGUCAAUAGCUACUGGUAAUUUUCUUCUUGUAAAGAUCUUUGCACAGAAGGAGUACUUUCCUCUUGUAGUUUGGAGUUACAACAUAUUGUUUCUUCUCUGUAAUCGGAUUUAUGAAGGAUAUUCAUUCUCUAUGUUUGGGCAACAGUGGGCAUUUUUGGACAAUUACCGGGGCAGCUUUAGGUGGCACAUAUGUUUCAACUUUGUUGUUUUGCGCAUGAUAAGCUUUGGAUUCGAUUUUCACUGGAGUAAUCAAGAUUCUCACUUUGAUAAGGAGAAGCAUUAUCAACGUUGUCAUAUUUGUAAAUCCGGAAAAUCUUGCUAUCAAGUUUUACAGGAGAGAAGUCUACACAAUGACAAGUUUGGAUAUAUCACAUACCUUUGUUAUUUGGUAUAUGCACCACUUUAUAUUGCUGGUCCAAUACUGAACUUCAAUGCCUUUGCCUCACAGAUAGAUGUUCCUCAAAACACUAAUUCAGUUAGAAAUGUGACACUCAAUGGUUUCCGCUGGGUAUUGAGUCUUCUCCUUAUGGAAUUAAUGACACAUCUAUUCUACUAUAAUGCCUUUGCUAAUAGUGAUUUGUGGAAGCACUUAUCUCCUAUGGACGUGUUCAUCAUUGGAUAUGGCGUGUUAAACUUCAUGUGGCUAAAAUUUUUACUGAUCUGGCGCUUUUUCCGCUUCUGGUCACUGAUAAACGGAAUUGAGACUCCAGAGAAUAUGCCAAAAUGUAUUAAUAAUUGUCACAACUUGGAAGGCUUUUGGAAAAACUGGCAUGCUUCCUUCAACAAGUGGCUUGUGAGGUAUAUAUACAUUCCUCUUGGGGGAUCUAAGAAAAAGCUACUAAAUGUGUGGGUUGUUUUCACAUUUGUUGCAAUCUGGCAUGAUUUAGAGUGGAAGCUUCUUUCAUGGGCAUGGUUGACGUGUUUAUUCUUCAUCCCUGAGUUGGUUUUAAAAUCAGCAGCAAAAGCAUUUCAGGCUCAAAGUUCUUUUGGAGAAUGCAUAUUUCGUGAACUCAGUGCUGUUGCUGGUGCAGUGACAAUUACUUGUCUUAUGGUGGCUAAUCUGGUUGGAUUUGUGGUUGGACCAACUGGCAUUAACUGGUUGCUUUCUUCUUUCCUUAACAAUAAUGGUUUGCCUGUCCUUGGUGGCAUGCUUAUGACAUUUUACGUUGGAACAAAGAUUAUGUUCCACAUAGAUGAGGCAAAGCAAAGGUCGCCCUGAACUGGGACAAAUAAUUUUUUACCAUAAUACUUGGUGCAAAUAUUCAUACUCAUGUUUAGUGCUAGGAGUUUCAAAUCCAGUACAGAACAAUGUUCUUGACUUGGAGGUGUCUGUGGGUGCCUUUUUUUUUUUUGACAGAUUUCCUGAUGGGUGAUGCAUUAUUGUACAUAAAUUGGGAGCCAUGCCUUCUAAUUUUCUACACCAUCUAAUGUCACAGAAUACACGGAAAAAUGAAAAAGUAAAUCUGUUGAACUUGACACCUUAUAACACCGAUUUUUUGGUUUAUUGUUCUGAUAUGUUGUUUCAAGGUAUGAUCUUGAGAUAUAUUCGGUUCUCGGGAGCUCCAAUCUUUAGAAAAACCCUUUUACCCCUA